AUGACAGAGAAUACAUUGAGUCGUAUAACUGAAGACGACUUAAAUAAAGUAAAUGAGUUAUUAAAUGGGAUUAAUGAGAAUGAACAGUACAAUGAAGUGUUCCAUAUCUUUUCCAAAUAUUUAAACGAUUUAUUGAGUCGAGUAGUCUACAUAGAGAAAGUGAUAGAAAAGAAGCUAUUAAAAACUAAUUUGGAAAUGAAACCGAUACCAUCUGAUCGUGGAAUGCAAAGUGUUUCUCCUCAUUUCAAUAAAAGUAUGGGAGAAAUCCCAUACUGCCAAGUCACACCACUUUUGGCACAAGCCACUUACGUUCCGCCACGUCAUUCCGAUAAAUUUGUUGGUCCAAUGAGAAGCCGUUCGACAAAUAACACGAUGACUUCAGCAUAUGAAAUUGAGUCAUUGAUGAUAUUAGAAAAACACAAAGAGACAUUAAGGAGUUGGUCCGAGAAACGGUCGUUUCGUGUUAUAUACGACUCGACAAUUGACAGUUUUAAUUCGACGACUUUCAACGCUCAAGUUGUUGGACUCAAUAAUGUGAUGGUCUUAGUCUUUGAUUCCAAAGAAAAUGUCUUUGGUGGGUACACUGAGAAGUGUAUUCCCGUCUGUGGCAAAGACGAGUACAAGUACAUUGAGAACGACCAAAAGUUCUUUGUAUUUUCAUUAGAAAAUCAUCAGUCAGCAGAUUCGAUUAAAAUCGAGCGAAAGAACAGUGAAUUAGGGUUUCGAAUGUCUAACGAUGGGAACUGUGUGUUUGGUAUCGCCAACUUCUUUUCUGUAUUUAAAACAAGACAAGGGUAUAUCCACCCGACCUUUAAAAAGUAUUAUACAACCGACAAAGAAGCUAUUCUAUUUAACAAAACGGUCUUUCCUGAGAGAUUUGUUAUUAAAGCUUUUAUCGCAGUCCAGUGGAUAUAA